AUGGCAGAGCAGCAGAUGGGCUUGUUUGGGGGGGAGGGCCGCUGGACUGCCCGGCCUGCGCAAACUGGGCAGAUGGGUCUAGGUUAUGAUUUUCAUCAGUGGGCUGGGGGCGCGUCAGAUCAGCCACAAGUUGUUGGAGAUCCGCUGAUGAAGGCCUUUCAGAACGGUCUGCACUGUGGCCUCCGUAAGCGGAUUGAGGUAAACUGGGAUCGGCAUUCGAGUGAUUGGAGUCGCUCAGUCUUUGGGGAGCUGCAUCUGCCGCGGGUUGGGCAGGCGCAUGACUUCCAGCAGAAGGUUGCGCAGGUGAGGAGCCUCUUGUUCGUCCUCGCCGUCACCCUUCUCAGAGCCGACGGGGGAGUCAAAUGUUUUCGCAUAGUCAUCGUCGUUUGCGAAGUCUGUCUCCUCUUUAGUGUGAGGCUCCACGGGAGUUUCGGUUGGGGUUUCUUCAGCAUAUGGGUCGUUGAAGCUGUCGUCAUCUACGACAUCGUCCUCGUCAAGAGUGUCGAUCAGGUCAUGUUUGGCAUGAUGCAGGCCAAUCUCCCCGUUUGUAGCAAGAGCUGCACCAACCAUCGCGUCGAUUGUAUCGACAGUAUCCUGGAGGGCCGGCACUACAAGUGGCGAGGCUGUGUGGAUGGGAGAUGGUGA